GGAGCGACAGGUCUCGGGCCCCCAGGCGGGGCGGCGGGCGCCGGACCCCCAGGCGGAGCGACAGGUCUCGGGCCCCCAGGCGGAGCAGCGGGCACCGAGUCACCAGGCACGACAGUGGGCUCCGAGUCAACUGGCAUGACCGCUGGCACUAGGUCAGACAUUGGAUCGUCUGGCUGGACAGCGGGCAUCGGGUCACCAGGCAUCAGGUCAUUUGGCUCGACAGCGGGCACCGCGUCAUCUGGCAAGGCAGUGGGCUCCGAGUCAACUGGUAUGACCGCGGGCACUGGGUCAGACAUUGGAUCGUCUGACCGGACAGCGGGCAUCGGGUCACCAGGC